GCGACUUCGAAAUCGAAGGACCAGAGCGACCAGGUUACCACGAUCGGGCCCGAGCCCUUGCUGACGGGCGUGGACACGAACGGGCCCUGGAAGGGAGUGCUGUAUGGCUUCUGGCCUGCUCUCGUCCUUGUGCUGGGCAUGGUCGUGGUUCUCGCGAUCCUGAACGCGCGCUGGGCUUCGGAUGGUUCGUUGGGCUUUCAGGAACUGCAUGGAAGGACUGUGGUCGCAGGUGCCCGCUUGGAGUCGUUGGGCCUGCUGAUGUGGCGCCUUGCUUGCCUGAUGCUUUCGGUGGCGCCGCUGGUUCUCAGCGUCAGGCGGUACAAUGCCAAAGAGAAGGAGCCCCAUGAGAUUUUGCCCUUCUUCCUCUCCGGUGGUGUGGAGAUCUUGCUCGUGUACUUCACUCUUUGGACUUGGUGCAUCAUUACGCUCUACUUCCUUCUGGCCAGCAGCGCAAGCUUCGUCUAUGUCGUCUUCGGGUGGACUCCGACGACGCGUCUGGCCACAAGCCUUUGGAUUGUGUUUGACAUCGCCUUCGGGACGUCGUGGCUGGUCUUCUGGGCAGUCUGGCUGCUGCUAUUGCCCUUUGCAUACUUGGCGAAGCGCAAGGCGGCAGUGGACAGCUUGCUGGAGCCGCUGUUGUUGUACAUGCACAAUGCCAACGUGAUCCUGCUCACUGGAGAGGCUCUUUUCUGUCAGUGGAGCUUGCGAGUUGAGCACUCCAUCUUCCCAGCGUAUGUUGUCCUUGCCUACACGGUCUGGAACUGGUGGCUUAAGACGAAGACCGGCCACUGGCUGUACUUCUUCAUGGACUACAACAGGCCAUCCAUGGUUCCAACGUUCCUCAUCCUUGUCGCGAUCGAGGUGGCAUCUUUCCGCGCUGGGGCAAGCUUGGCAGACCUCGGACAAUGA